UUGUUGGGUUCAAGAGCCUCUGACUGUUAUCUGGCUUAUUGUUCAUAGUUUUAAAUCACAUGCCUCAUGAUUAGUUUCAUGAUGGCCAGCGCACGUAGAAUUUUGUUGCUCUCCAGCUCUACCGUUCACGGCUCUGCAUAUUUAGAAUACGCAGCCACUUUUAUUAAGGACUUCCUCAAGAAGAGCGACGUUAAAAAGAUUUUAUUUGUGCCGUAUGCUCUGAAGGACCACAAUGACUACACGAACAAGGUGCGAGGCCCACUUAAAGAGCUCGGAUAUGCUGUGGAAGGAAUCCACGAAGCUCCGAAUGCGAUCGAGGCGAUUAAGUCUGCAGAAGCGAUUUAUAUCGGCGGUGGAAACACAUUUCAACUUCUGAAGACCCUGUACGACUUGAACCUGAUUCAGCCCAUUCAGGACCGUGUCUUGAAGGAUGGAAUUCCGUACAUCGGGAGCUCAGCGGGCAGCAACGUGGCGACAGCCAGCAUCAACACGACGAACGACAUGCCCAUCGUUUGGCCUCCGACGUUGACGGCUCUCGGACUGGUGCCUUUCAACAUCAACCCUCACUACAUCGACUUCGACCCAGAUUCCAAACACAAAGGGGAAACACGAGAGGAGCGGUUGAGCCAGUACCACGAAAUUCCCGGCACGCCUCCAGUGCUGGGCCUGCGAGAGGGAGCAAUUCUGCACGUGGAGGGCAACGUCGCCAAAAUAAUCGGCGUGUUCGGCGCGAAACUAUUCAAACCGGGGUGCGAGCCCAAGGAAUACAACGUCGGCGAUGAUGUCAGUUUUCUGCUCUAGUGAGAGAAUGUUUUGUAUAUUUUAGCUUCAAAUACAGUAUUUUUUACAAA